AUGAAGGUUCACACAUUUACUCUUGUAGUCCUUUGUUCUAUGCUUCUAAGCACUACUUGCUAUUGCAUCAACCCCAAAUUUUUCAACCCUUCAAAGGUUCCAAAUGAUGAAAAACCAUGGGACCAAACACAAGCUACAUGGUAUGGAACCCCCGACGGAGCUGGAUCAGAGAGUGGUGCAUGUAAAUAUGGUAAAACUGUGGAGAAUCCUCCCAUCUCUAAAUUGACGGCGGCUGCUGGCCAUUAUAUUUUCCGCCAGGGCUACGGAUGUGGUGCUUGUUAUGAGGUGAAAUGCACAGAUAAUCCAGCAUGUUCAGGGAAGCCAGUGACAGUGGUGGUAAGUGAUGAAUGCCCAUCGUGUUCAGGAUACCAUUUCAAUCUCAGUGGCGCCGCUUUUGCUUCCAUCGCAAAUCCAGGUCAACAAGAUACUCUUCGCAAACUUGGACAAGUCAACCUUCAAUACAGAAGGGUUUCAUGCUCAUUUGGAGAUUCUAUAGCAUUUAUCAUCGGUGAAAAAUCUAGAUCAGAGUAUUUGGAAGUAUCAAUGGAAUACGUAAAUGGAGAUGCAGAUGUUUAUAUAGAAAAUACUAUAAGUUUCAAUAACAUUUCUCAUGUGUGGGGUCCAACUUGGAGUGUUUUUGCUGGUGGUUAUGAUCUACAACCUCCAUUCAAUUUUACACUCGCUCAACAUUAUCCCAAUGGCAUCAAAGGAAAGACCAUUAUGAUUCGUGAUAUGAUCCCAAAGGAUUGGAAGAUCGGUCAAGUUUAUCGAUCAAAGAUAAAUUUCUAG